UAUAGGAAAAAAAUAAAAAACAAAAAAUAAAAAUCGAAACCCUUGAGCUUUUUUUCUCCUCUCACUAUUCUCGCGCUUCGCUUACGAUCAUCUUCACCACAAUAUAGGAGUAUUAUUUAUGUAUAACAAUUGCAAGAGUUGAUUGAGAAUGGUUUCAGGGAGGUGGAUAGAAACUGGAGCGGAUCUAUGGAAAGAUAGGGCACGAUCGCUGCAGCUUCGUCUUAGAGACCGUCUUAGAGUCGCCGUCGAUCAUCAUCGUCGCCGUCCGAAGAUCUAUGAUGGUUACUUAUCAUCUACCGUCGAACGAUGGCUCCAACGGUUCAGCGAUUUCCGUAGAGAUACUCUGCCUUCUUCUUCCACUUUCUACCGUAAGAAAGUUAGCAAGGAUAUUGAUCCAGAAGCAGAUUCAGUCCUGACUCGCAUGCUGCAGGCUGUGGCUGUUCCUGUGCUUGGAAAUGUUUGUCAUGUGUUUAUGCAUGGCCUCAAUCGUGUUCAGAUAUAUGGUGCAGAAAAAUUACAUCAGGUGCUGGAAAAUCGAAUGGAGAAUAAACCACUUAUUACAGUGAGCAAUCAUGUUGCUGCUAUGGAUGACCCACUAGUUAUUGCUGCAUUACUUCCUCCCAGUGUUAUUUUGGAUGCACAAAAUUUGAGAUGGACACUUUGUGCAACUGAUCGAUGUUUCCGCAAUCCUGUUACAUCUGCCUUCUUCAAACAUGUCAAAGUUCUUCCUGUGUCCCGUGGGGACGGUAUUUAUCAGAAGGGGAUGGACAUGGCUAUUUCAAAAUUGAACCGUGGUGGAUGGGUGCACAUAUUUCCAGAAGGUAGUCGCUCUCGUGAUGGUGGCAAAACAAUGGGUUCUAUUAAAAGAGGCAUCGGAAGAUUGAUCCUGGAUGCCGACAAUUUGCCAAUAGUCAUCCCUUUUGUGCAUACUGGAAUGCAGGACAUCAUGCCUGUAGGAGCCAAGCUUCCCAGGAUUGGAAAGACGGUGACUGUUCUUGUUGGUGAUCCCAUCAAGUUUGAUGACUUGCUUGCUGCUGGCGAAAAGGAUAAUAUUCCAAGAGGAAAAUUAUAUGAUGCUGUGUCAACAAGAAUUGGUGAUCGAUUACAUAUGCUCAAGGCCCAGGUGGAGAGACUAGCUGUCCAGGAAGCACUACAAUCACAACACUACCAUGAUUAUGUUGCUGAACAAGCUGCUGGGAUUGUGCAGCACGUUGACUGGGAAGCUCUAGGCAUGGACAAUUACAUGAGCAUUGGGGAGGAUCAUGCCUCUCCUCCAAGGCAAGAACCUAGUAGUGAACAGCCAUUAGUUGAGAAGCAGAUGGAAGAAAAUAGUCAGGAUAGAUACUUUCGGUUGGGCUUUUCCAGGGAAAGUGGAAUUGUAUCGAGGAUUAGAGAUUACAUGGGUUCAACUGAAUUGAUGCUAUUCUCUGCUCGAUGUUUAGUUGCUAAUAGUAGGGUAAAAGAAAAUUUUGAGAAUGAUAGCUCCAUUGGAGGCUUGGAACAACUGUUGGAUGCCCUUGUAUGAGAGUCAGAUUUUACUUCAAUUGUAGAGUUUUACUGGUUUAUAUUUAAUACCACUAUAACUCGUUAAAACGUACUAGAAGAAUAAAUUUAAUACUAGUGUAUCAAGUUGAAAUAUCUUGUCGCA